UAACCAACAUUUUAAAGCGAUGCCAGCUCAACUAUAUUUUUCAUCCGUUUUCGAUCAGCUGAACUGACCUAACACACGAAAGCUGAGACAUUUGUAACAAGGAAUCGAUCGAAGGAAUCGAUCGAAGGAAUAAAUCGUGAGCGAUUUUCGCCGUCUAACGAUGGUUUUGCGAUUGACUGAAAUUAGCGGGGCAGAUUUACUACCACGAAAAAGAAAGCUGCAAUGCAGGAAUGGUCAUUUCCUGGAGGUUCGACCUGAUGGUUCAGUAAGAGGAACGAAAAACAACGAUAGCAUUUAUACUGUGUUUCAUCUCAACUCUGUGGGACCGAACAAGAUCACUUUGUGGGCUGCAGAAGCUCGGCUUUACGUCGGAAUUGACGACCGAGGGAACAUAGUUACCUCGGCUUUAAAGAUCCCAGCCUGUGAGCUCAGAGAGAAGUUGGACACAGAAUUUUUCACCAGCCUUAGCAAGGAGUUUUCUCCUCGCCGGCUUCACUGCCUGGCGAUCUCAGUGCAGGGGAAGGUUCGAUCAUCAAUACUCACUUCUUCACAAAAUGUGCAGUUCAUCACCAAACGAUUGCAUUGAUAACGUUACCAGUGACAGCUUUAUGUCGAAAGGCGACCGGUCACAUUUAAUUACCUUGUCCAACAGCUUUAUGGACAUACUACCAAAGGGGGGGGAAAGGGGAUAA